AUGGUUUAUCAAUUUUACAGCCUCGGAGAUAAGAGAGUCGUCAGCCUCAAAAAAAGGCCACAACAAGGCGACGGUGACGAAUUUUGGCCGGACAAUAAUUGUGUCGUCGUGGGCUCUUCACGUGGCUGGGUGGUUUGGUUCGAUAGCCUCAGCCGGUGCCUAUUCCUCUCCAAUCCCCUCACGCAUCGUCACCUCAAAUUGUCGACGCCUGCCCUGCAGCCUGAUCAUCACAAUAUUCCCACCAAUUCGGAUGACACAAGAGGCGGAAUAACCAGCAUCAUGAUCUCCAGCCCCAACCCGGACACCGAUCCAGAGUGUCGUGCCGUGAUUAUCUACGGCCCGCAGAAUAAAUUGGCCUUCUGUUGCCCCGGGACCGCCGCCGAGUGGACCCCACUCGGCCAGCGUACCGGUUACGCAUCGUGCGUCUACUCAACUUCACAAAAGCUCUUCUUCUGCUGCUUCACAGAUAAACCAGAUGAAGAAAGUACAGGUGGUACUCUGCUGGAGGCUUGGGAUCUCCAGGACCCGCUCUCUCCAAGGAUGAUCCCGAUGGCCGUGUCGGUAGAUAAGGACAACUAUCCGGUGGCCUCUGGUUCGGAGUCGGAACGUAAGCGACUCUGCAAGAGCUACCGGUUCCUUGUUGUGGCCGAGCAAUCGGACGAGCUUUUCCACGUGAGGCGGUUUGUGGAGCAUAAGAACGAUGACGACCAUACAGCUCCAUACACGACGGUCGGUUUUGACGUUCACAAAUACGUGCCCGAGACGGGAUCGCUCGAGUACAUGGAGCAUUGCCUGCAGGAGCAGGCAUUGUUUGUGGGCAGCAGCAAUGGGUUUGCUCUCCCAGCUGAAGACUACCCGGACGAUCUGGAACGGUGCUGCGUGUACUACACGGCCCCACCACAGUGGGUCGGAGGAGGCUACGACGUUGGCUUCUUCCACUGCGCGACCAAGACUCUACAUCCAUGCUUCUAUCCAUGUGAUGUCCAGAUGAUGGAGAAGGUGACCAACCCGCCCAUAUGGUUUAGCCCGACUCCGCUGGUUCGAUUCCCGUUUCUUAUUAGGAAGGAAGGGGGCGCCCUCGGCUACAACAUUGACCCGUCGUCUCCUUCGGGGCAGCCACCCACCCGAGAUGAGAGGGAGAAUGCGAGACAAAGAAAGGAAGCAUCGCGGGGUACAUAUAGAUGCGUUUAUUGCGGCUUCAAGUGUGACAGCAAAACCCACAACGGGUAUCAUAGUUUCAGUUACCACGCGUGUACGUGGCUUUGA